AUGGAGGUGGUCAGAACAGGUGGUUCAUCUGUACUUUAUCAGAAUCCACAGCGAUGGGUCCAACGUACCCAAUCUCAUAUUGUCGUCUCGUUGCAAUACAGACUGAACUUUUUCAGUCAACCAAACACGCCAACCGAGAAUGCUGGGCUUUACAUCUUUGAUGCUAGAGCUGCUCUUGAAUGGAUUCGAGACAAUAUUGCCGCUUUCGGUGGUAAUGCUUCGCGCAUGGUACUUUGGGGUCAAUCAGCUGGUGCUACUCUGACUGGAGCUCUCAGCAUCGGUUGGCCAGAUAAUCCAAUUGUCACUGGAUUUAUCCAAGAUUUCGGCGCUGUCGAGGGCCAGGGUGUCCAUACCGUUUAUACUGAUACCACUCACUCGAACUUUACAUUUCUAGCAAAUGAGCUUGGAUGCACUGGUAAUACUGCAAGUAAAACUGAGUGUAUGAGCACUUAUCCACAAGCUGAUAUCGAGGCGUUUAUUCAAUAUUGGACUGAUGCUGGCAAGACGCCUGAGCUGGGUUUCCAGUCAUAUAAUGAUAACAACAACACAUUUGCGAACUGUACUGCUGCAUAUCUCUCUGGAAAUUACGCAAAGUUACCCAAAAUAUUGGGACAUAACUUACCCACUAACUUGUCAAAUCACAGAUUGAUGGAGCUUCCACUGCUACACUCUCCUCCGGCCCUCCUAACAUCGAGGGACCAACCCCCCGAAAAGGAAUUAGCGGCUACGUUACAAGUUCGUUGCGGCAUCGUAGCCGAAGCGCAAUUCCGACAAUCUCUCAACGUAACAACCUACGGCUUUGAAUAUUCCGGCAACUUUAGUAAUCUCCCGCCACUCCCUUUUAUGGGAGCAUAUCAUUCCACUGAAUUGCCCAUGAUCUUUGGAACAUAUGCCGAUGUUGGUGGAGACGGAACCCGGUUCCAGAAGGAUACCAGUGAGGGGAUGCAGGAUCUUUGGUUGGCGUUCGCAAGGGAACCCGAGAAUGGAUUGAGUAAUGCGAGGUGGCUUAAACAUGGGGAGGGCAGCGUGGAGGUACUGGGAUAUGAGCAAAAUGGCACCCUACUUACACAUCAUGUAACGCCUAAGGCAGGAUUAAGAAUGCUUGUCUUAAUUAUACCGGAAAUUGAGGAGGGAUGUUAA